AUGAAAAGACUUAUUACUUCUGCAUUCAUAUGUUUUGGAUUACUUGCUCAUACUGUGCUAAGCCAAAAGUUGGAGAUAGAGAAUCUUUCCUUAUUCAUAGCAGACGAUUUUAAUCCGAAAGCAUUUAAAGGACAACUUGCGUUUGCUGCAAAUGAAGCGAUUAAAACAAUAUUUUCGCUUUCUAAAGAGAAUCUACUCAAUGGAGCAUACUCGAUUAGCCCAAAGACUUACGGUAAGAUUAUGGAUACAAUUAGACAGGGCUCUAGUUUUAAUGCAUCUGAGAUUUAUAAAAAGGUAAAGGGCCUGAAAAUCUUGCCAUCUGAUACUGACCUAAAAGCAUUUGGAAAUGAGAAAAAUUCUGUCGUUUUCUAUUGUGGACCUAAGAGACAUGCAAUGCUGUGUGAAAUUUUCAAGGUCAAAUCUUCUGACUCCAAACAUGACUAUUUAUGGAAGGUCCUUAUUUACAACAGUGGCUUCGGGUUACAACAUCACCCAAGAUACAAGAUUGGUCCAAAGAAAAAAUCAUCACCAGUAGUUAUAUAUGAAGGUCCUCCACUUCUUCUCACUCCAAGCUGGGUUGACGCCGCAUUGCAUUUUGGCCAUUAUAAAAAGGUUAUCACCAACUUUUAUCCCAGACUUUUGGGCGAUUUUUAUCUGUCCAAUGCAACAUAUGACGUCUUUAUUGAUCCCCAAAGAACCGAAACAUGUUCGUUUUCAUCGUAUCACGCAUAUUUUACAUUUAAGCUUGGUGAGAGCCGAUAUAAAAGAAUUUUUGCAGUUGCAUCUUUAAGUGCCCUGCAGCAUUUUGUAUCUAAAGAAGCUUCUGAUUUUAUUUCAAAACGAUAUCUCUCAAAGUAUUCGCUUUGUUUUUCUUCAUCCAAAGUAAGCAAUUCAACUGAGAGCCACGCAGGGCCCGAAUACUUUAGCCACGAUGCAUUAUCAUCCAAUAGCAGCGUUUUGAACGAGAUAGGAAAGUUUCAUUUUUUAAGAUGGAAUGUUGGUCUUAUUGAUACGAUGUUCAGAUAUCUUGUUGAAAUUGGCAAUUGUGUAUUUGGAAACAAAGAAAAUGUCUUUUUUAAGGAUCUAAAAGUGGCUUAUGAUGAAUUCCAAAUUGCCAAGAGGAAAAAUAUUUUCAACGCCGUUCCUACACACAUAGCUGAUAAUAGAGGCAGAAGAGCCUCGUUUUCUAAAGCUACUGUGUGGAAUUUUUGCCUUGGGUCUCACGAUAAAUUAUCCUCUAAUGAGAAGUUUUAUUGCGAGCUUCCUAACUUUGAGUAUCAAGAUGGUGCUUAUGAUCCUGCAAAUUUCACUGAAUUUUCAAAUUCAAUUUUGCGCUUUUUGAGCAACGAAAUCGCCUAUCAGCAAUGCUUUAUGGGCAAAGAUGCCCAUUUAAUUUCAUAUCUGGAUUCGCUCACGUUUCGAAUGAUUCCCAUGCUAGGAAGCUAUACACCAUCUGAUGUCGAUAAAUUGGACUUUCUUUGCACAUUUUUCAUCAAAAUGGUGGAUUUAUUACAAUAUGAUGAUUCCGAUGCGUUUAUGUACCAAAAGACUCUAAUUUUAGUUGAGAUUUUGAAAACGUACAAAGAAAUAUACACCCGACAUGUAAAGACCUCUCUGAAUAACGACGAGUAUAAGUUUAAGCUUAUUAAUACUUUGCUUUUGGAAAAGCUAUCUCCUUAUUUUGUAUACUCCAAUGGCAUCGAUCUUCUAGGAAGGACCCUACCCAGUUAUGGGGCGACUUUUUGGCUUCAUCCAGAGAAUGGAAAAAUUAGCUCUGAAUUGGUCGCCACGUUGUUUAAAAACAACAGCUACCCUCCGAGUUCACAUGAAAUGGAAACGUUUUUCAACUUGGAUCUGAUUAAUGAUCGCAAAACCUAUCCUAGGUACGAUCCAAAUCAUUUAAAAAGGAUAGCAUAUAUCUUGACAGUAAUUGCGAACCCUCUUAGCCUUGAAAAUGCCAAUCAGGGGGUGCCUCCAGAAAUCUGCUUGCUUGACCGACAUUACUACAAUCUUUUACACAUGCUUUGUAAACUAUCCCGUCGAACUGGCGGUGCACUUGUUUCAACACCAAUUGAUGCUCUCUGGUUUAGCUGUUUAAUCGAUACUAAGCAUAAUUUUCGUGUAAAAGCAGAUGGUUACAAUAACACUCGAGAAAUCUCAUCACUAUCGUCGAAAGAAAAAAGGCCUUUGAAGUUGAUGAAUUUGGAUCACAAAUUUUCUUCUGUGUUUUAUUUCUUGAAUUAUCUCCAAGAAGAUCAUGCUUUCAUUUUAUCUGACGCUGGAAUGGAAAUUCUUUAUACUUUCAUCCUCAAAGCAUCGACAUAUACCGAUCAUGACUCGAAACGGGCUCUACCUUUAGUUAUCGAAUAUUUUUUGUCUCGCAAGGAUAGUAUCCUGAGACAAGUUUCGACUCACAAAGGUGAAAUUGGCAGGUUUAAGCUUUUAGCAAAUUAUCAGCUCAUUCUGAAUCGUUUGAUAUCGAUUCAGAAAAGAAACCUCGACAUUAGCGAUCUUGAGCAUGUUUUUUUGGGUGAAUUUCAGCCAAUUUUCGCCUUUCUCAAGCUUAAUACCCUGAUUCUUGAGGCAAGGUUUUUCGAGCUGCCGAAUAGCCAUAAGCUUUAUUUGUCGGUGAUAUCUAAUUUUGAGCUCAUAAACUCCUUCUUUUUCAAGGAAGAAAUUCAAUAUGUUCUU